AUGGUAACUAUUGGUAAUGCUCAUGAUGAUUUGAUUCAUGAUGCAGUAUUAGAUUAUUACGGGAAAAGAUUGGCUACAUGCUCAUCUGAUAAAUCCAUCAAAUUAUUUGAUGUUGAAAAUGACAAUUACAAAUUAAUUGAAACAUUACUUGGUCACGAAGGACCAGUUUGGCAAGUUGCAUGGGCACAUCCAAAAUUUGGAUCAAUUUUAGCAUCCUGCUCGUAUGAUGGUAAAGUUUUGAUCUGGAAAGAGCAACCUGACAACAAAACCUGGUCUAUCAUCACAGAACAUAAAGUCCAUCAGGCCAGUGUCAAUUCUGUUUCAUGGGCUCCUCACGAGUUAGGUGCAAUUUUAUUAUGUACUUCUUCAGACGGAAAAGUUUCAGUUUUGGACUUCAAUGACGAUGGUACAACCUCGCAUGUCAUUUUCGAUGCUCAUGCCAUCGGUGUUAAUUCUGCUUCUUGGGCCCCAGUAAAUUCAAAGCUUUUGGAAAGGAAGUUCGUUACUUGUGGGUCAGACAACCUCGCAAAAAUUUGGAAAUUCGACACUAAUACCAACAAAUACAUAGAGGAAGCCAAAUUGGAAGGACACUCAGACUGGGUAAGAGAUGUUAGUUGGUCACAAUCGGUAUUGAUUAAAUCUUAUAUUGCUACUGCAUCCCAGGACAGAACUGUACUCAUUUGGUCACAAAACAAGUCAGGCGCUUGGGAAAAGCAAUUGUUGACUGAUGAAAAAUUCCCUGAUGUUGUCUGGAGAUGCUCUUGGUCAUUAUCAGGUAAUAUAUUGGCCGUUAGUGGGGGAGAUAAUAAGGUUAGUUUAUGGAAAGAAAAUUUACAAGGUAAAUGGGAAUCUGCAGGAGAAGUUGACCAAUGA